AUGUCCAGUGCCAAAGCUGAAAUCGACGGCAUUAUCGUUGCAGAGGCAACUGCCUGGGAAACGGUCGAAGGCAACGUCUACUUCCCACCUUCGAGCAUCAAAGACAAAUCCCAGUUCAUAGCAUCCGACACUACGACGUAUUGUCCUUGGAAAGGCGAAGCUGAAUACUAUACUGUGCAGGUUGGAGACAAGAGUAUCAAGGAUGCUGCUUGGUAUUAUGCCAAGCCGUAUGAGAAAGCAGCAAAUAUCAAAGACCAUGUGGCAUUCUACAAGAGCAAGGUGAAUGUGAUUAUCGAGUAG